UUGCUGGUCUGCGUUUCAAGCGUUGGUAUUAACAUUCGGUCUUUAAAUAAUUUGGUCUCCAGUUUACUUUUUUAUGGAUUUAUGAGACGAGAAAUAUUUUAAUUUUCUUAAAGCUUGUUUAAUUAAAUUUAUAAAAAACACUAGACUGAAUUAUCAUAUUAAUAUUUCGGGAUUGCGAUAACAUAAAUAAACAAAAGAUAAUGGCGCAGCGCAGCGACGAACGUGUACCGGCGGAAGAAAAUGAUUUGCUACAAAUAAAACCGCUUGGCGCAGGACAAGAAGUGGGGCGAUCAUGUAUUAUGCUAGAAUUCAAAGGCAAAAAAAUAAUGCUCGACUGUGGUAUACAUCCUGGCUUAUCCGGUAUGGAUGCCUUACCCUAUGUAGAUUUAAUAGAUGCGGAUGAAGUAGAUUUAUUAUUCAUAUCACAUUUUCACUUGGAUCACUGUGGUGCAUUGCCAUGGUUCUUAAUGAAAACCAAUUUUCGUGGACGUUGUUUUAUGACACAUGCUACGAAAGCCAUUUAUCGUUGGAUGUUAUCAGAUUAUAUAAAAAUCAGCAAUAUAUCCACCGAACAGAUGCUUUAUACAGAAGCUGAUCUUGAGGCCUCUAUGGAGAAAAUCGAAACUAUAAAUUUCCAUGAAGAACGUGAUGUUAUGGGCGUUAGAUUUUGUGCUUAUAAUGCUGGACAUGUACUCGGUGCUGCUAUGUUUAUGAUAGAAAUUGCUGGUGUUAAAAUACUAUAUACAGGUGAUUUUUCCCGUCAGGAAGAUCGGCAUCUAAUGGCAGCAGAAAUACCCACUAUGAAACCGGAUGUUUUAAUAACGGAGUCAACAUAUGGCACUCAUGUACAUGAAAAACGUGAGGAACGUGAAAAUCGUUUCACAUCAUUGGUGCAGAAAAUAGUAACACAAGGAGGACGUUGCCUUAUACCUGUUUUCGCUUUAGGUCGUGCACAAGAGUUAUUACUUAUCUUGGAUGAAUAUUGGUCACAAAAUCCUGAAUUACACGAUAUACCGAUUUAUUAUGCUUCUUCGUUGGCCAAGAAGUGUAUGGCUGUUUAUCAAACAUAUAUUAAUGCCAUGAAUGAUAAAAUAAGACGUCAGAUAGCUGUUAAUAAUCCAUUCGUUUUUCGUCACAUUUCAAAUCUAAAAGGUAUUGAUCACUUCGAUGAUAUAGGACCUUGUGUUGUAAUGGCCUCACCCGGUAUGAUGCAGAGCGGCUUAUCAAGAGAAUUAUUUGAGAAUUGGUGCACAGAUCCUAAGAAUGGCGUGAUAAUUGCAGGUUAUUGUGUUGAAGGUACCUUAGCAAAGACGAUAUUGUCUGAACCAGAGGAAAUAACGACAUUGGCAGGGCAAAAGCUACCUUUGAAUAUGUCUGUUAAUUAUAUAUCUUUCUCAGCACAUACUGACUACGAGCAGACAAGCGAAUUUAUACGUUUACUUAAACCUCAACACGUCGUUUUGGUGCAUGGGGAACAAAACGAAAUGAGUCGUCUUAAAAUGGCAUUACAGCGCGAGUAUGAAGCAGAUACCUCCACAGAUAUUAAGUUCUAUAAUCCACGCAACACUCAUUCCGUAGAGUUAUAUUUCCGUGGCGAAAAGACUGCUAAAGUGAUGGGUAAUUUAGCCUCUAUAACCCCAGAAGUCGGCAACAAACUCUCCGGUGUGCUCGUAAAACGUGACUUCAAAUACCAUCUCUUAGCUGCUUCUGAUUUAUCUAAAUACACAGAUAUGAGCAUGUCGGUUGUGACCCAACGGCAAUCAAUACCUUGGAAUAGUUCUUUAAACACACUUAAGCUACUUUUGGAUCGAAUAGGUGGUGUGGGUACUGUAGAGGUAGUGGAAGAAGAAAAAAAAUUACGCGUCUUCAAAGCUAUUGACCUAAUUGUUGAAGGGAAAAUGAUUAUUAUGGAAUGGCAGGCAACUCCGGUUAAUGACACAUUCGCUGAUUCUGUAUUAGCGUGCAUAAUGCAAACCGAAAUGGGUGGCACAAAUAUAAAAAGCGCACAAACCCAUUCCAAAUCAGAUCUCACACACUUUAGAGAAUGUUUGGUGGAAACAUUCCAAGACUCGUUUGGCGAGCAUUCAGUGCCAAAAAUGUUCAGUGGUGACCUUUUGCCAAUCACUGUAGCUGGAAAGCGUGCCGAGGUUAAUUUGGAAACUUUGGCGGUGUCCUGUACCGAAGAUGAAAACCUACGUCAAAUAGUGAACACAGCAGUACAAAAACUUUACCAGGCUUUGGUGCCCAUAUAAACAUUUAUUUUUUUAAAUCAAAUUUAUUUGUAUCAUUUAAACAAAAAAAAAUUAUUAAAAACGUAUUUUU